AUGGCAGCAACAACAGAAACAGUUACGGUGCCUCUUGAGGCACUCCCCAGACUUGAAUCUGGCAGUGCCGUUGCCGCGUCUUCAAUCACCCUCGAACCAUUUUCAUCGCGAGCAAGGUCCAACCAGAGUCACACAGGCUCUGAGGCCGCGGAACAUGCGACUAACAAUGCUGUAUUGACGGCGGAGACUACAGCCUCCGAGCAAGAGGAGUACCCCGUAGGCGCAAAGUUCUGGUUUACGGUGCUGAGCCUUGUCAUUUUGCUCAUUCUCGGCGGCCUGGAUGGCAAUAUCGUCGCUACGGCAGUCCCGAAUAUCACCGACUACUUCCACACCGUCGCGGAUGUUGGCUGGUACUUGUCUGCGUACAAGCUCUGCGUCUGCUCUUUUCAAUUCCUGUUCGGCAAGCUGUAUAACAUCUUUCCCAUCAAAGUGGUGCUGCUGACUGCCAUUGCCACUUUUCUCGUUGGCUCGGUGCUCAGCUCUACAGCGAGGAGCUCUUCCAUGUUCAUUGUUGGUCGAGCUGUGACGGGGCUCGGCGCAGCGGGCAUAUUCGCUGGAGCUUUCACGGCUUCUGUCCAUAUUAUGCCUUUGCGAUGGCGUCCCGUGUUCAACGCAACGCUGGGAGGUAUUGAGAGCGUGGCCGUCAUCUCCGCGCCUCUGCUUGGUGGUGUUUUGGUGCAAACCCUCUCAUGGCGCUGGUGCUUCUAUGUCAAUUUGCCCAUCGGUGGCCUUGCACUAGUCGUCACGCUGUUCUUCUUUCCGAAUCUCAAGGCUCAUGGCAGCGACUCGGCGGCAUCUUGGCAGACCAAACUUGGCCAACUGGAUCUUUUGAGCACCGCUGUCUUUGUACCUGCUCUGACUUGUCUGUUUAUUGCAUUAUCUUGGGCCGGCCUGAAGCACCCUUGGAGUGAUGCCAGAGUCAUUGUUCUAUUUGUUCUCUUUGGUCUGCUCUUUACCGCCUUCGCUUAUAUACAGCAUCGGAAGGGCGACGAUGCUCUGCUGCCUCUUCGCAUCAUGAAGCAGCGUAGCAUCUUGGCCGGAUUAAUCUUCAGUCUGUGUACGAAUGGGGCGAUGAAUGUGCUAGAGUUCUAUAUACCUACAUACUACCAGGCCGUUCGCGAAUACUCGCCUGCCAAGAGCGGUUAUAUGAUGGCGCCUAUCCUGGCUGGCUUCAUGAUUGCUGUCAUCUUGAACGGCGCAGGGACCACGAUAUGGGGAUACUACGUGCCUUCUAUGAUGCUUGCGUCUACUCUCAUGCCGUUGGCGGCGGGACUCAUGACAACUUGGCAGGUCAGCACCAGCUUUGCUCAGCUCAUCAUCUACUCGGCCCUCGCUGGGUUUGCAGGCGGGAUUGGUUUCCAGGCUCCCCAGAGUGCUGUUCAGACUGUUUUACCCGCGUCUGAUGUGCCGCUGGGCUUGUCCGUUAUUCUUUUUGCGCAAAACUUUGGGCCAGCUCUCUUCGUUGCCGUCGCGCAGACAAUCUUCACUAACCAGCUGUCUACGAAUUUGAAAGGGCUGGGUAUCGCAUUGAGUCCUGGAGAGAUUGAAAAACUGGGUUUGACAGACCUGAAAAGCGUGAUAUCUCCAACGCUGUGGAAGGAUACACUGGACAGCAUUGACAAGAGCCUUGUGCAGACUUGGUAUCUCGUCAUUGGACUGACCUGCGUCACCAUGAUUGGGAGUCUGUCCAUGGAGUGGCGGUCUGUUAAGGAGAAGAGGCAGUGA